AUGUCGCAGCCGCCGUCGAAACCCCAUGGAAAACCCGGACCAGGGGGUAGCUGGACGCCCAGACCGAACGUGUCUGGCCAGUACAGACCACCUUCUCCUUACAGUCCCACGGGCUCGCCGCAUCCUCAGCGAGCUCGAGGACCACCUACUCCGGUUCAUCAUGCUCAUCCUGCGUCGCCCUUGACGUAUACUGGAAUGAGGCACCCGAUGAGCCCAGUGCCGAUUGGAAUGCCGAUUUCUCCUGGAAUGUCGCCUGUUUUUGGAUCACCCACAGGAUACAUACAGUGCCCUAGACCCAGGUGGCCGUCGCCGAUUCCAGUAGGAAGUCAAGCGCCUAGGCCUUUUAUACCGAUGCAGGUAUUCAAAAUGUUUAGAACCGAUCUUGAAUUUAGAGCGUAG